CAGUGCGGCGUGGUCGGUUCCAUUCCGGCAUCUUCCUUUUCUCCAAGCUGCGGGCUUAACUUAACCAAUUUAUUCUACGCAAUCAAAUUUCCAAUACACAAGUUUGAAACCUUGAUAAAUAGGGUUGUUCCAGAUUGACAUCAAAAGUAAGGUGCACAAUUCGUCCUUCACCAUAAUUUGCAUGAAAUCAAACAGUGUUUUCUGAAGCAGAUACCAGCUAAUAGUGACAAGCAGAAAAUUCAUACUGAAACUAGGAGGUUCAUUGUAGAAGGUGGAAGAAGAGAAGUUUUCCACGAAGAAAAACCAACAGCAACAAUGAAAGAAAUUAUACAAUGAUCAACAGCACAAAAGAAGCUGAUUUUCCACUAAAACAAGAAGGUCUUUCAUCAGGUGAUCAUGAAAAGGCUAAGGCUCCAUCGACCUCAUCAUCAUCAUCACAAUGGCUAAAACUGAAGGAUCCAAGGAUUGUUCGUGUGUCUCGAGCCUUCGGAGGAAAAGACAGGCACAGCAAGGUGUGCACAAUAAGAGGGCUAAGAGAUAGAAGAGUGAGGCUUUCAGUCCCUACAGCAAUUCACCUCUAUGAUCUCCAAGAUAGGCUUGGACUCAACCAACCAAGCAAGGUUGUUGAUUGGUUGCUCAAUGCAGCAAAACAUGAAAUUGAUGAACUUCCACCACUUCCUAUUCCUCCAGGUAACUUCACCCUUGGUUAUCCCUCUCUUGUUUCUUGUAAUGAAGUUAGCACCUCUCGUGAAGGUUCAGGCCAGAACACUUUAUUGUGGAAACCAAAAUCAGGAGAAAUGGUUAGUGAUGAUAAAGCAAAUUGGAUGAAUAGAAGUGAAGGAGAUGAUGAUAAUAAUCAUAAUAAUAGUAAUGGUAAAGAAGGAAGCAAUAAUAAUAUUUGUCAUGGUGGUACACUUGUUUUGCCAAAUAAUCUCUUGCCAAGACCAAACCAUCCUUCUUUUUUGAGCUUGAUGAACAUUAUGCCAUCACUUGGUUACCAAUGGGAGCCUAAUAAUUCAGCUCAUGAUGUUAAUAUUGGUCAAUGGCAAAACCAUGGAUUUCUUAACCAAACAGAUGUACACAGCAUCAAUGUGGUUCCAUUUCCAUCAACAUUGGCUCUAUCAACUGGGAGUGAUACUACUACUACUUCUCAGAUUUUGGUGUGUCCUCCUCAUGGAGCAACAACACAGCCAUAUUUCCCUUCUUCACAUCAUGUUGCAGCAAUGGAGAUGAAUGCAAGACAAAUCAACCACUAUCAGAUGCUGAGUUCAAGUUCUCAUCAAAAUCUCUUGGCAAAUUCUCUCAAUCCAUCAUCACAGCAACUCAUGAGCCAAUCAGAGAAAUUGCCAUUCAGCUUGGGAAUUAGGCCUAAACUUUUCCAUUCUCCUAACAGAAGUGAAAGCCAUUCCCAAAAAGACCAGGAUUUGCCUUCCAAGUGAUGCACAAAUAGUGCAAAAUAAAGUUGUCAAAAUUUCUUCUCCUCACAAGUUAUGGAUUGAUAUCAUGAGGGCAGUGUGAGAAGUUCAUUAUUAUAGUUGCAAGACAUCUUUUUAUUCAACGUUUUGCGGUUUGAACAAACAUUUCGUUUUAGUCAAAGUUAUGUUUGGUUAAUUUUCUGAUUUUCCAUUCAGUUUGAUCUAUAUGGAUACCAAGCAAAGGUCUACAAAAGAAUGGCUUUUUUUCAAGGGUAAGAGCUUAUCCUGAAGUGAUAGUGUGAUUGCUACGCUAAAGGGAACGCAUGCUCAGAUAAGUUCUCUCUCUCUCUCUCUCUCUCUCUCUCUCUUCUACAUUGAGAAAGGUUGGAAGGUUGAAUAAUAAUGUUAUCAUUUUGAUAGUGCGUUUUGGAUUUGGUUAAACAUGUUUUUCGUUUGAAUCAGACAGGAUUUCUCAGUGUCCUAUGUUAUAUAUUAUGUCUAAUUUGUUAAUUAAUUACUUUUUUAUUAAGGAAAUCAUGUUUUAUUCUUUA